AUGGUUCGAAGUACAAGGAAAGAGGGAAGUACAUCUAGAGUUGAAGAGUCCCCAAAUACCAACCCAAAUGCAGUGACGGAGUGUGUUCGUUAUAUAUUAUGUCGUGAAGGAAGCAAAGUUCCAAUCAAAAGAAGUGAAAUCAAAGAUUAUCUCAGUACGUCUUCACAAAUCUCCCAAAAUGAUAUGAAUUCUAUCAUAUUGGAAUCUGAAAGAGUUUUAAAAAAGAUCUAUGGUUUUAAAUUAGUGCAAAUAGCAUCAAAAUCUGGAGUUCAAUAUAUUGUAGUUUUGGCUGAACUAUGUGAAGAUUCCUUGUUAUCUACAGUAACUGAUGUUUCUCACAGACAGCUGCUUGUGGCAGCACUGACACAUAUUUUUAUGACUGGAGGACCUGUAAAAGAUGAUGAUAUGUGGAAUUUUCUCACCGAAACUGGUCUCCUAAAAGAAACAGAUAAUGCAGGGCGCAAAAUAAUUACUAAUUUAUUUACUAAGCAAUUAUAUCUAAAGUAUACCAAGGUUGGGGAAAAUGAAUUAGCGAGAUAUGUUUUCGAAUGGGGUCAAAGAGCCAUUGAAGAAGUACCAAAAAUAUUUCUACUUAACAAAAUGGCACAGGCAUUUGAAAGAGAUCCAAAUGACUGGAUUGAACAAUACCAAGUCUGCACAGUAACAGAUUAG